AUCUUUAUUAAUAACCGACUCCAGAGUUGGUGCCGCGUAUAUUCUCAUUUGCGAUCUCUCUCUCUCUCUAUCCAUUUCCCAUUUCCCAUUUCCCAUUUCCCAUUUCGUCGUCAUCUUCCUAAUCACAAAAAUGGGUCGCCGUAGCUCCGGAGGAAGAUCUGCACCUCGUCCUCGCCCACGUGCCCCAGCUCCUCAACCUGUAAACCGAGCGCCUCCUCCAGCUCCAGCUCAGGCCACCAGUGGUGGCGGUGGCAUGUUCUCCGGCAUUGGUUCCACCAUAGCUCAGGGUAUGGCUUUUGGAACCGGAAGUGCCGUUGCUCAUAGGGCUGUUGAUUCCGUCAUGGGCCCACGUACCAUUCAGCAUGAAACUGUUGAGUCUGCCUCUGCUUCUUCUGCUGCUCCUGUCGGAAGCAACAUGUUCUCCAGCUCCUGUGACAUUCACGCUAAGGCUUUCCAAGAUUGCAUCGGCAGCUAUGGAAGCGAUAUUAGCAAGUGUCAGUUCUACAUGGACAUGCUGUCUGAGUGCAAGAAGAACUCCGGUUCCUCUUUUGGUGCCUGAAUCAAGCUUGUUUCAUUUCUUAUUUUGCUUUUGUCUAAACAUUAUUAAGCUGUGAUGUGCUGAGAGUCUGGAUCAAAUAACAACAGUUCAGAUACUGCAUGUUUCAACUCUUCUGCCUGUUUACUUUAUUUGUUAUUUUUAUGAUAAAAGUUUGAAGUGUUGGUUAAUC